AUCAAGCAGGAAGACCCAAAUACCUCUCUUGGAAGGGAAAAGAACACCAGGAGCCAGAAGUGAGUGGCAGCAAUAAUGGGUUGGAAGUCGGGAACCAGUGGCUCUCGAAGUCAGAGGGUUCCUCUCUUGUAUAAUGAGACUGCUGCUGUACCUUCAGACCUUGAGCAUGGUGAUGCAGUCCAGGCUGCAAAUGUUGGAUUUGGGAGAGUAAUUUCACUGGCAAAGCAUGAUGCAGGAAAACUGAUUCUUGCUACGAUUGCACUGCUGAUAGCAUCCACAACAAAUAUUCUAAUUCCAAAAUAUGGUGGAAUGAUCAUAGACAUUGUGUCAAGAGAUACAACGACUCAUGAAGAUCAAUCUGAAGCUCUGGAGGCCAUCAAGGAUACCAUACUAGAGAUUGUGCUGAUAGUAGCAGUUGGUUCGGUUUGUACGGCGCUUCGGGCAUGGUUGUUUUCUUCUGCAAGUGAAAGAGUUGUCGCUCGACUGAGGAAGGACUUAUUUACUCACCUUAUUAAUCAAGAAGUUGCUUUCUUUGAUAUUACUCGAACGGGAGAGCUCCUUAGUAGGCUGUCUGAAGAUACCCAAAUCAUAAAAAAUGCUGCAACUACCAACCUUUCUGAGGCUCUCAGAAAUCUGGCUACUGUAUUUAUCGGACUUGGCUUCAUGUUUACAACAUCAUGGAAAUUAACAUUGCUGGCUUUGGCUGUCGUACCAGCUAUUUCGGUUGCUGUCCGUAAAUUUGGGCGUUUUCUUCGUGAACUUUCUCACAAGACCCAAGGUGCAGCUGCUGUUGCAGCCUCAAUUGCUGAGGAAUCUUUCGGUGCUAUACGAACUGUGAGAUCUUUUGCCCAAGAGGAUUAUGAGAUUUCACGUUACGCGGAGAAAGUUGAUGAGACCUUGAAUCUUGGACUCAAACAAGCUAAAGUAGUUGGGCUUUUCUCUGGGGGACUUAAUGCAGCAUCAACAUUAUCUGUUAUUGUUGUAGUGAUUUAUGGAGCUAAUUUGACAAUCACUGGUACCAUGACGACGGGGUCUCUCACAUCCUUCAUUCUUUAUAGCCUUACAGUUGGGUCCUCGGUAUCUUCACUGUCAGGGUUAUACACAACAGCGAUGAAGGCAGCAGGAGCAAGUAGGAGAGUUUUCCAGCUUCUGGAUCGUGUUUCUAGCAUGCCAAAAGCAGGAGACAAGUGUCCUUUGGGUGAUAGGGAUCAAGAUGGAGAAGUGGAGCUAGAUGAUGUUUGGUUUGCCUAUCCUUCUCGUCCAAAUCAUAUGGUGCUGAAGGGAAUAGCACUGAAACUGUGGCCUGGUUCAAAGGUUGCCCUUGUUGGUCCAAGUGGUGGUGGAAAGACAACAAUAGCGAACUUAAUUGAAAGGUUUUAUGACCCUCUCAAGGGAAAGAUUUUGCUGAAUGGGGUCCCACUUGUAGAAAUAUCACAUGUACAUCUUCACAGAAAGAUCAGUAUAGUUAGUCAGGAGCCUGUUCUGUUCAACUGUUCCAUAGAAGAGAACAUUGCUUAUGGGUUUGAUGGCAAAGCUAGCAGUGCUGAUAUAGAAAAUGCAGCUAGAAUGGCAAAUGCUGAAGAGUUCAUUGAAAAAUUUCCAGAUAAAUAUAAAACUUUUGUUGGGGAACGUGGGAUAAGGCUGUCAGGAGGCCAGAAACAAAGAAUUGCAAUUGCUAGGGCACUUCUGAUGAAUCCAAGAAUCCUCUUACUGGAUGAAGCAACAAGUGCAUUGGAUGCUGAAAGUGAAUAUCUUGUUCAGGACGCCAUGGAUUCUCUUAUGAAGGGACGGACUGUUCUAGUAAUAGCUCAUAGGCUUUCGACUGUUAAAAGUGCAAACACUGUGGCAGUUGUAUCUGAUGGUAAGGUAGUCGAAAAUGGCACACAUGAAGAGCUCCUUAUGAAGGAUGGCAUCUACGCUGCACUGGUGAGGAGGCAAUUACAAGCACCCCAAACAGAACUUUGAGUCCAUUCAAUCAAAACACUUAGAAGCUAGAAGCAAUCAAUGAGAUUCUACAUGGGAUCAAUUGCAUGAAAAAAUUCCAUUUCUGUGCAUUGCUCCCACGAAAUACUAAUUGUAGGACCUUUGGACAAGAAUCAGUUGAUUUUGGAUUAGGCAAGCUGUAGUUGUAAUUUUUAUGGAAGAAUGACGAAAAUGAGGUCUUUCUUCCUUUGUCUUUAACUCUUAUGAUCUACAGAUGAUCAGCAUAGCUUUGGUGAUUCAUUCUUUUCUAAGGUCAAAAACACUAGUAUGGAGCAGCUUAGAUGUUUGAAAGAACUUAAUGUUGAAGACAGAUCUAAAAGCUUGCUGAGAAAAUCUAUUGCCUAAUAUGUUUGAAUGUCAAUGCUUGGGGAAAGUGAUAUUUUAGGAGUGU